AUGCACACUGUGAAAUAUAGUCUUUUACUGUUUCGGUCGUUAGAAGUCCGUAGGCAAGAAACAAGAACAUAGCAUCAAUACAGUUGAAUAAGCUGAUCAUUUUCUUAAAAGUUUAAUAAUUUAAAUAAAUAUGAAACUUUUCUGUUUUUUAACAUCAUUAAUCUUUGUAAACGUUUCAUCAGAUGCACCAGCGGAUUAUAAAAGAAAUAUUGCCAAUACAAACGCAUACGUUAAGCAAGCCUUUGGAAGAAAUAUUGUAGAACCUGGUUCUGUGGAAAGUGUAUUGGAGAAAGUAAUUAAAAACAUUAUUGGAGACGUUAAUACUUAUAGUUUAGAAGCUAUUUUGAAUAUGGUCGCUAUACCGGAUACUCCAUACCUUGGAAACUUCGAGGAGAGUGCAACCAAUCAAACAGUUUUGCGAGAAAUAAUAGAAAAUGAAUACAAUAUUAAAGUUCCUCAAGUUCCAGAAUCACAUUUUAGAAGAUUAACUUUAAACAAACUUGGCGAUCGAAGGAGAGCGCAUACUAGACAAGCUUUAAUAAAUAUAUUCCACAUGGAUGUAGUUGGAUCCGAAGAGCUAUUCACUGAAUUAUGGAUAUGCCGUUUAACAGCGUUGUUCGUGAGUACAAACUUCCCAACGAAAUAUAUAAGACAUAUUGACACUGACACCGAUGAGUGUACGACAUCUGAUGGUUUUGUAAUUGAAACAUACAGAAAAGUUGGAGGCGAAUGGCGCUAUUUCGUCGACAAUAAGGACGUAUCGAGUCUUGAAGCAUUGUUUGUUUAAUGAUACAUUUAAACUAAUUAUUAAUAUAUUAAAAUAAUUUAGAUAAUUUACACCGGAAUUCAACUAUGUAACUCUUCUACACUGAUAUAGUACUAUUUUAGUUUUAUUUAAAUAAUAUUUACAUUAUGCGCUAAUAUACAAGUUGUUAUGUCACUAUUUAUUGU